CGCAUUUUCAUUUUGUUUUGAACGGUAGAACAAACACUGUCUUCCAUGACCCAUGUCUCUUCAUCCUCUUCACGCACUCGCGCACGCACGCAUGCUUCUCCACCAUUUCUCGCACUAGCGGUGCAUCUUGAAAAGCUCAUGGUUCGUUAGAUGUUUGAAGAAAUGCGCCCAAGUUUCGUUUUUUCCUUCAGGGCUCUGUGUGCUCUUAAAUGCUGACUCGAAAAGAAACCAGUGGAGAAAACAGAAACUAAGGCAUUUGGUUUUGUGGUUCUAUUUUACCCAUUUUCUUGUUUCAGUUGAAAAAUCCUUCUUGUAGCUUUUCGAAUGGGAAGUGCUGGUGAUGAGCCCUUUAAGGGCAUCGAUGGGUCAGUUGGCGGGUUGGUUUGGGUUCGAAGGAGAAACGGUUCGUGGUGGCCGGGCCGAAUUCUUAGCUCGGACGAACUUCCCGAGGGUUGUCUGCCUGCACCAAGAUUAGGGACUCCUGUGAAGCUCCUUGGUAGAGACGAUGCUAGCGUGGACUGGUACAAUCUCGAGAAGUCAAAACGGGUGAAAGCUUUCCGCUGUGGGGAAUACAAUGACUGCAUAGAGAAGGCAAGGGCAUCCUCAACACAUCCUGCUAGAAAGGCCGUCAAAUAUGCCAGACGAGAGCACGCCAUUAUUCACGCACUCGAGCUAGAGAGCGCUUGUCUUGGUAAAGACUUCCCAAUUGACCAAUGUCCUGAAGAUUUUAACAACAAUGAAUCCAACUCAGCUCCUGAAUUGUCCCAAUCCGGAGUCUCGUUCGAGGAGCCAAAAAAGUGUUUGGACGAAAAAAUUAAGGAAGAGUGUAAAUCGAGAAGGAACCCAAACAACUCGGAGGAUGAAGGGUUUGAAGGGGGGAAAAAGCGUAUGAGGGGGCUGGAGGACUUAGGCAUGGGCCCAGGAAAGAAGAAGAGGCCUCGAGUGGGCCCCACACACGAGUUCUUGAGAAAGAAGAACAGGCGUAGGACUCUAUCGAAAGUAUUGGAGUGUACGCCGAUGGUCUGUGUGCCUGUCUUGUGCGAACAGCUGUCGAAAGUGUCCUUUAAUAAGAUGAACAAUAAUAAUAACUCGGAUGGCACGGCCAUUGGAGAAGUCUCGUGUGAAAACGGGAGUUUGUCCAGGAAUAAUGGAGAUGGUUCUUCUAAGGCGAAGGAAAACGAGAUUUCGAGUGUGGUCUGUGGGGGUUUGUUUGAUGUGCCUUUAGUUACUGAAGAAAAGCAGCAAUCUGCAGCCUCCACUGCCUCCGACUGGCAGUUGAAGGGCAAGCGCAACUCCCGGACGAGAAAAACUGAAGUCAACGGCGAGCAGCAGCCAGAGGAGGCAGCCACGGUGGGCCCCGCCCGUGAAUUACGGGCCGACCCGAAGUACGGCCCAUUUGGCCCAAAGAAGAUCGUGCAGCAAUCCCUUUACAACGUGAAAGUGGAGGUUCAGAAUGGGUGCACCCGGACCCAACACGUCCCGUAUAUUUCGCUCAUGAGCAGACUCAACGGGCGGGCCGUGACAGGCCAUCCAAUCUCGGUCGAGGCCUUGGCUGACGGGCUUUGCGACAAUUUGCUGCACGAAUGGCCACAUAAGAACAAAUCUAAGUGGAGACCGAAUAGAAACGGGCCCAUAAACGGGCUUCUGUCCAAGAAAACUAGGAAGCUGUCCUCGUUAAUGGGCCAUGAUGAGCACGAGCAGAAGCCCGUUUUGGAGAAGCUCAAUGUUCCCCCAGCCGUAGCUUGCGUACCAUUGAAAGUGGUUUUCAGUAGGAUAAAUGCAGCUAUCAGUGGUUCGGGUUUAACUUCACUUCGACUUUAUUUGGCACCUCCAUCUUCAGAUCUAUUUUCCACUCUUCAAGCCGCAGAGCAAAACCCUAAAUCCCCAUUUUCUUCUAAGCUGAUAUGGGAGAUUGUUAGGAAGAACAAUUCCUUUUUGGUGAAGCAGUUUGGAAAUGGGACUGCCAGCGUUAAGUUCAGCAAGGAGCCCAACAAUCUCUGCAACCUGCACUCGUACAAGCAUUCUGGGCUGGCCAACAAGAAAACAGUGACCAUUCAACCGGGUAAGGAUCAGUCGGUACUGUUUGCAACAACAAAAACCAAAAAACAGAACAAGCCAUCCAGCUUGCUUCACAAAUCUCUCUUGAAAAAGGAGUUCAACCGCAUGGCAAAGGCUGUUACUAAUCAGGUGGCUGAUAACUGUUACAGGCCUGAUCUGAAAAAGGCAGCCCUUGCACGAUUAAGCAGGGUUCAUAGAAGCCUCAAGGUUGCAAAAUCUGGUGUCAAGAAGAGGAACAGACAGACUGCUUAUUAGUCGAGCAGUUAUGGUUUUUUGCUUGAACUUAUUAUCUGUUUGUGCACUUAUAGCCGCAACUAAAUGCUGAAAGUGUUUUGGAGUUAUCUUUUAUAUUGAGUUUGUUGUUGGAGAUGUGAUUUAUUUUCGAUCUUAUUUAAUAGAACCGAGUCAUAUGGCUAUUUGAUGGACCUUGUUGCAUGUUUGAUUUAUGGACAAAAUUCAUUAUUGAAGUACUUGGGGGAAAUCU